AUGCUUGUCAAAGUGAUUAAAGCGGGUAAACACGCAAAAGAUUACGGCUCGCUUGACGUAUCUGGCUCAUCCGCUACUGUCUCAUCCGCUACUGUCUCAGAUCUCAAAGCUGCCUUUGAAACCCAUGCAAAUGUAUCUCGGUAUCGUCAAAGUUUAAAGUUGCAGCAAGACAAGACCCUCGUAGCCCUUGUUGACGAUGAAAAGUUGCUCGUUGAUUACGGCAUCAAACACGGCGAUACGCUCGUGUUCCGAGACCUUGGACCUCAAAUUGGGUACCGUACCGUCUUUGUAGCCGAAUAUUUGGGUCCAUUGCUUUUUGUACUGGGCUAUGCAAUUCGUCCGGGCGUUAUUUAUGGCCCGGACGCCGCAUCGCAGCCAUGGAGCGCUACCGCACUACUGGGCGUCGUUGCCUGGACGCUGCAUUUCCUCAAGAGAGAGAUUGAGACUGUCUUUGUCCAUCGCUUCAGUCGCCCGACAAUGCCGCUCCAUAAUUUGUUCAAGAACUGCAGCUAUUACUGGGCUUUUGGAGCUGUCGUGGGCUAUCCAUUAUGUCAUCCACUGUACACAGGCCCGACAUCUCAAGUGCAGAUCCAGGUCGGCUUGGCGCUCAUGAUCAUCUCUGAGCUCUUGAACUUGUGUGUUCACAUUCAAUUGCGCAACUUACGCCCAGUUGAAGGAUCCAAGGAACGGCCGAUUCCAAAGGGUCCACUUUUUGCUCUUGUUUCGUGUCCCAAUUACACGUUUGAAGUGCUUGGAUGGGUUGGCUUUUCGCUCUUUACACAAGUGGCAGCCAGUUAUGUCUUUACAGCCGUGGGCUUUCUCCAAAUGGCUGAUUGGGCCUUGAAGAAACAUCGCGGAUACCUCAAGAAUUACGGUGACAAUUACAAGAAGUUGCGGCGUAAUGCCAUUAUUCCCUUUAUCCUGUAA